AUGUGCUGGAGCCAAGGAACUGGCCGCGGUGCAAUUUUCCACAGGGCGACAAGGUCCUGCGAAGGCACUGGGCUCACGACUGCAACUACAUUGAGCUCAUCAUGGAAAGGUAUCUCGGCGAUCGGCGCAUCCCUGUCCGGUAUACUCGAAAAGUUUGCUUCGUUCGCCUUCGACACUGCGGUCAGCCCGCCCUGGAAGAUCACUGCAACGAGGCAGCUGCUGGAGCCUUUCCGGAUGAUCUUGCAAAAUGGCGCCAUCUGCACCUCAAGGGCAUGGAAGUGCUUCCAGAGCAGACCUUCCCGCGGCACUACGAGCAUGAUCCUGGGCUUUCGGCCAAGCUGGUCGAUUUCUUUCACACCGAGCAGCACCGGCUUGGAAGACCUCCAAAGAUUGUGGAUCUUGGCUGUGGCCGUGGGGGAGCUUCGAGCUUGGGGCCAUCUUGCCGUCGGAUUGGAUGCAAACCCGCUGUUAACGGCCACGCUGAACGAGUAUGGCAUGGUCGCCGACCUGACCGAAAAUAACUUGAGCUUCACCAUCCGGACAGCCCAUCCCCGCUGUAAUUUUCGCCCGCACGUUUACAGACAUGCCACAGGCUUCGAGUUUGAGGAUGCCGGGCAAUCACUUGGCAAUGUCGCGGACAUGGAUCCCAGAACAGAGUCCCAAGCCAGUCCUCUAGCCUGGGUAUACUGGAUCAAUUAUGUCGCUGGACGCUGCUGUGGUCAACUCGCUUGCGUUGGCUUCGACACGAAGGGCCUGCUGAAGUGGAAGCUUCCAGCCAGAGAGACUUGGAAAGUCAGCGACCAGGUCUGGCUCUACGAGAAGUACCUGUCGGUGCCAGAGCCCGAUCAGGCCCAAGUUCAGAAUCCCUUUAAGCACGGCCCUGGAGCUCUGGUUCCGGUUGCGGAGGGAGAAGAGACCAUGGACUGGGUCAUCUCCCUGGAUGUGGGCGGACAGAUCCCGGAGGAGUCACGGUCCAUUUUCCUGCAGAAUUUGCGCAGACUGGCCGGCCAGGGAAUUAUUCUGAGCUGGGAUCCAGUGAGAAGGCCGCCUGUGGAAGAGAUCGAGGCCUUGGGCUUCAGGCGGGAUGAGGAGCUGGAGGAUCACCUGCGGCUUUUCGCAGGCAUUGGCCUCAGAGCUUAUCUGAGCCAAACCCUCCUUGCCUUCCGGUCACGAAGCGGCCCAUCAAAGCGAUGGCCGUCCGCGCGCUGCCAUCUGCGGCCACGGAGGCCGAACCAUCUCUGUGCACCGUUGCUCACCUUCGGGUGCCUGGAUGCCGAGCGCAUCUGGAUUCGCGGGCAUUGUGCUGGUGACUUCCAACGUUUCAGUUCGUCUGAGAUGACCGGUGCUGUCGAGGAAGCGGAGUGCUUGCUGACCACAACCAGUAUACAGGGAUACGAGGAAUGCAAGCUCCCAGAGCCUCCAUCCACUGACCAGCCAGCUCUGGACCUGGAUGGUCCAGGGCACGUGCCGGAGGACAAAGCCGCCUUUGACUGCUUCAGCGGCACAGUUCCAUACGAAGCUUUCUGGAACCUUCAAGGUCUGUUCAUGACGAGCAUGUUCGACAGUGCCGACCCGCUCGUUCGUCACGACGAGAGUAUCUGGGACACAGAGAUGUGUGGGACUCUGGCGGUGGCUUUCAAAAUCUACCGGCUGGUUUGGGCACCCUGGGAGCACUUCGUCUCCAGGCUCCAGCGAGUUUGGAGGAGCGAGGUUCGGUUCUUGCUGACGGCUUGGGAUUGGCAGAGGCCUCCGCACCCGGGUUGGGGCUGCUUAUUGGCCUCCGUUCUUCGUGCUGCCGCUCGGCGCAGUGCGGCUCUUGCAGGGCCCAGGAAGAGGCGUCCACUGGCCAGCGCUGCACUUCGCCUUCGAUUUGACCAGUCCGCCGAGUUGACAAGCCAGGAGGCAAUGCAACAGACCGGGAAGGUUAUGUUGCGCGUUUACCGGUUCUUGCCGCCAGACAUCACCCCGACGGCAGAAAGUGCAACGUCUCCGGCUGCUGCCCUACUAGAGAUGGUCGGUUGGCCAUCUGACGACGAUCAGCAAGCUGAACUUGAAGAAGGAUGUGGCGCAGAAGGUCGUAAGGAGAAUACUGAGGAAGUUCGCAGCUCAAGUUCCGCCGACAACUGGCACGGAGCCACAUUGGCUGCCACAAGCUACUGCAACCAAGUUUCACAAGGGAUUCGAUUUGCGCAGGAUUUCUGCGCCCCAACUGUUUUGCAGAAAGCUGAUCCACAUCAGCUUCGCGUGGCUGAUGCCCUGCAAUGCGUGGCAUGCAGCAUGGAUAGGCUCGUUGCAGUGAACUUGGAGCCACCACAAUGCUUCCAGGCACUUGUGCAGGAGACUUGCACACCUGUCCAGAGCGAGCUGACCAAAGAAGUCACACUUGCACUUUGUGGAAAGUUGAUUAACAACAAGGUCAACAGAGGACCGAACGCGAAGGCGUGUUUCGCUGCCGACACCCCGCAUGUGCGCAAGGCUUUGGCGAACAACAUGUUCAACCACUGUGGUGCAUGGCAUCUCUACGACUUUCGGGCCAGCAGCUCUAUUUGUUGGUCAUGGACCAACAAGGGUAAAUGCUUCCAGCGAAGCGGGGCUUGCAAGAGCCACAAGGAGAAUGCCGUGGUCGCAGAGCGGAGGAAGAAGCUCUGCAAGGCAAAGUGUCUUCCUGCCCAGCCGUCGCUGACAGAGAAGGUGACGAAGUCAUAUUGCUCAGAGCUUGUCGUGAACAACGCCAAUUACGGCCCGGAAGCAGUUGCUUGUGAAGACGAGGACACGGUCAUGGUGCGCAAGUCCAUCGCGAACAAAAUGUUCCACCAUUGUGGUGCGCACUACCUCUACGACUUCGACAACCCGGCGGGAACCUGCUAUGCCUGGUCCAAGAACUGCUGGAAGCGAGACACGGGCUGCAUGGGCCACAUUGAGCAGAAGAGAAUGGUCGCGCGAAAGGCGAACCUGUGCGAGGUUCCCCUGGUAGCAGUGCAGGGCCAGAGGUGCAAAGCAACGCCUUACACGUAUAAGCCAGCUUCCAGCUGCGAUGGAUGGAGCGGACUCACGCAAGAUCAGUGCACGGAGAAGUGCAGCAUCCACGCGAAGGCUAAAAAUUGCCCGCGCAAGACUUGUCGUGCGGCCGUGUUUUAUCCGAAGACCGGCUGGUGCCAUUUGUUAGAUUCUUGUCCCGAAGCGGAGCCCCAUGACGAUGCCACUGCCAUCGUCCACGAGGUCCCGAUGAAGGCAAUCGAGGGCGCCAAGUGUUCCAGCAAAUAUUACACGUUUGACAAUGCAGACCAGAACAACCUUUGCGAUGGCUGGAGCGGGUUGACACUCGCCGAGUGUGCACUGAAAUGUUCCGGCAACGAGCAGGCCACAAACUGCCCGCAGAAGACCUGUGUGGCAGCGACCUUCUUCGGGAAAACGGGCUGGUGCCACCUCCACGACACAUGCCCGGACCUGAAUAAAAAUCCGGCUGCAACGGCCAUCGUUCCGGAGGCUGCGCGCUGGUGCAAAGGCGGCGUUACGAAGAAGGCCUGGGGCUGCGAUGCCAUCUCGGACAGCACGGAAUGCGAAAACUCCUACACAAGGAGUGACGAUGGCAAACAUUUCGUCCAAUGCGCUGUCACGGCGAGUGGCCAGUGCCUGGCUGCGGGCGGACUCUGCAAACCCGUCAACGAGGGCUGCGGUUCCGUCACUGGCUCGUCUGGAUUGGGGAUCGGAUGGAACUCCAUCACCACGAUGAAGGAAGGAAUCUUGACAAACCCAGGACAGCGCAAAUACAAGCUCCAAAACGUUCCCUCUGUGCUCGAUGGCGGCAUGUACAGCGGUACAAAGACUUGGCCGAAAGCUGGCACUUGGACAAUCUCAUACAAAGCACCAGUUACUCUCUACGUGUGGGUCAUGAAAGACAAGUUCAACGCUGGCGUCGAUGCUGCACUCGGUGGCGAUGGCUGGGAGAAAGUGGAUGCUGCAGGCUUCAAGAGAAGUGACAACCAUGCGCUCAACGUUUGGAAACGGUCGUUUUCCUCGGGCAGUCAAUACCAGAUCAAGACCACCAAGCUCAUGGUCGGAGGUGUUGUGUCCAACGGCUGCGAGGCAUUGGCACCCCGCUCUACGAAGGCAUAG